AUGCACCAAAGGAAGUACCCUCUAGAGCUGAUUUCUGAGCUUGGAUUGGGAGCUGCAAAACCUGCAGCAACACCUAUUGAAGCCAACAUCAAACUGACCACUAAGGAGUAUGAUGAACAUACUAGUAGCUCUACUGCAACUCAUGAUGAAGUGUUAACAGACAUCAGCCAGUAUCAAAGAUUACUAGGGAAACUACUAUACUUAACUGUCACAAGGCCAGAUAUAGCAUAUAGUGUUCAGAAAUUAAGCCAGUUUAUGCAAAAACCGAAAAGAUCACAUUUGGAAGCUGCUCAAAGGAUGGUUAGAUAUGUGAAGAACCAACAAGGUCAAGGCAUACUGUUAUCUAUCAAACAGCGGAACAUUAUCACUGCAUAUUGUGAUGCAGACUGGGCAGCCUGCCCUAUCACUUGGAAGUCAGUAACAGGCUUCUUCAUCAAGUAUGGUGAUUCUAUGAUAUCCUAG